AUGAUUAGACGCGUUUAAGUAUUUUAACAAACCUAUAACAUAUCUAAGGUCUUAAAGGCUUAAGAAUUUGAUAUAAAAUAUUUAAGACAUAGUGUUAUUACGAAAAUAUGACUGAAGAAUAUACAGAAGUUCAAACUACAGAAAUUUGUUGCGAUGAGAGAGUGAUUCCAUCAAAAUAUGGGUUCGGAGUUCGACAUGUUCAAGCUCUCGUAAUUUUUACCACACACACACUAGCAUUCUUGGCUAGAGGACAUUUAGGUGCUACUAUUGUAUCUAUGACUAAUAAAAUUGAAACUGUAGGUUCUGACACUAAUGAAGGAAAUACAACAUUAGACCAUAUAAUGAUAAAAUCGGAGGAAUCAAUUUAUAGAACUUACCAAUGGCCAAAAUCGACACAAGAAGUAGUUCUAUCCUCGUUUUUCCUUGGGUACUCAAUUAUGACGUAUGUUAGUGGUAUAAUUUGUCAAAAGUGGGGAGGUAAAAUUCCUAUACAAAUCUCCAUGUUUGUGAAUGGCAUUGUGUCUCUAUUAUCGCCGUGGGUGGUCGCCUGGGGUGGUUGGAAAGCGUUAUCAAUAUGUCGAAUAUUACAAGGUUUUUCCCAAGGUGGUAUGAUGCCCGGCAUUCAUACGCUUUUGGCAAACUGGGUUCCACUAAAUGAGCGAGCCAGACUUAGCAGCUAUUCUUAUAUGGGUUCAGGAUUGGGUACAGUAAUGGGUUUCCAGUUCAGUGGUCUUCUGGCUUACAGUAGCUAUGGCUGGCCUUCAACCUUCUGGACUAUAGGUGUGCUCUGCCUGCUUGGGUUCACUCUUAUAACCUUAUUUGGAGCUGCCACUCCACUGCAGCACAAAAGCAUUUCAGAAGAAGAGCGAAACUAUAUUAUUGGUGGAUCUGGUUAUGGAACUCACACUCAACCCAAAGUUCCAUGGAAAGCGAUACUUACAUCAACACCUGUUUUAGCGGCGAUUUUAAGCCACAUAUGCAAUAUAUUAUGUUAUACAUUCUUAUAUAUGCAAAUGCCAACAUAUAUGUAUGCGAUCUUGAAAGUUAAUAUAAAAAAUAGUGGUAUAUUAUCGUCUCUACCAUUCCUUGGCGUUAUUAUAAUGUGUAUUGUAUCCGGAAACUUAUCAGAUCUUUUGAUAAAUAAAAAGGUUAUAACAGUUAAAAAUGCAAGACGGCUCGCAAAUUCUGUAGCUUCUAUCGUACCAGCUAUAGCGUUGUGCUUUGUAUCCUACACUAAGUCAGUGACUGUGGCCGUUCUAUUGUUUGUCAUAGCUAUAGGUGUCCAAGCUACUAUGCAUUCCGGGUGGCUGGUGAACUACAUAGAUCUAUCACCGAACUACAGUGGAAUUCUAAUGGCCAUUGGAAAUGGGUCAGCGAAUUUAAUGUGUGUCCUAAUAUUGCCUGUAAUGGUCACAAAUAUCGUCAAGGAUGUCACAAAUCAGAUACAAUGGAGAAUUAUGAUGUAUUUAAUGGCUGCAAUCAAUCUUUUUGGCAACAUUAUAUUUGUUAUACUUAUAUCAACUGAAGUACAGCCAUGGAAUGAAGAAAAGUGCAAAGAUGAUCCGCGUACUGAAGAUGAAACUAUCGCUCUAAAGAGUUAACCGUUUUUACAUUUGUGAUAAGAAAAUAAAUUAAUAAAUACUA